CGGCCAUCGAUGCCUCGGGGCUCGUGGCGUCGGGCCUGGCGGGUUCCCCGGUGGGCGGGGGCGGCCGUCCGAGCGGCUGCGGCGGCGGAAGCGGGUCCGGGCCGCGCGGGGCGGGGGCGGCGCAGCGGGCGGAGGCGGCCGUGGGCCGCCUGGGCAGAAUGUCACGAUGGACGAGGGCGGCACGCCCCUGCUCCCCGACAGCCUCGUCUACCAGAUCUUCCUGAGCCUGGGCCCGGCCGACGUGCUGGCCGCGGGGCUGGUGUGCCGCCAAUGGCAGGCCGUGUCGCGGGACGAGUUCCUGUGGAGGGAGCAGUUCUACCGCUACUACCAGGUGGCCCGCGAUGUGCCCCGACACCCAGCGGCCACGUCCUGGUACGAGGAGUUCCAGCGGCUGUAUGACACGGUGCCCUGCGUGGAGGUGCAGACGCUGCGGGCACACACGGACCAGGUCCUGCACCUGAGCUUCUCCCAUUCGGGGUACCAGUUCGCGUCCUGCUCCAAGGACUGCACUGUGAAGAUCUGGAGCAACGACCUGACCAUCUCGCUGCUGCACAGCGCGGACAUGCGGCCCUACAACUGGAGCUACACCCAGUUCUCCCAGUUCAACAAGGACGACUCGCUGCUGCUGGCCUCGGGGGUGUUCCUGGGGCCGCACAACUCCUCAUCCGGCGAGAUCGCUGUCAUCAGCCUAGACUCCUUCGCGCUGCUGUCCCGCGUGCGGAACAAGCCCUACGACGUGUUUGGCUGUUGGCUCACCGAGACCAGCCUCAUCUCGGGGAACCUGCACCGCAUCGGAGACAUCACCUCCUGCUCGGUGCUGUGGCUCAACAACGCCUUCCAGGACGUGGAGUCAGAGAACGUCAAUGUGGUGAAGCGGCUGUUCAAGAUCCAGAACCUCAACGCCAGCACCAUCCGCACGGUGAUGGUGGCCGACUGCAGCCGCUUCGACAGCCCUGACCUCCUGCUGGAAGCCGGCGACCCGGCCACGUCCCCCUGCCGCAUCUUUGACCUGGGCGGAGACAACGAGGAGGAGGUGGCUGGCCCGGCCCCCGCCCAUGCCAAGGAGGGCUUGCGGCACUUUCUGGACCGCGUGCUGGAGGGGCGGGCGCAGCCACAGCCGUCGGAGCGCGUGCUAGAGACCAAGGUGGCCGAGCUGCUGGCCCAGGGCCACACCAAGCCCCCUGAGCGCAGUGCCACAGGCGCCAGGAGCAAGUACCUCAUCUUCACCACUGGCUGCCUCACCUACUCCCCACACCAGAUCGGCAUCAAGCAGAUCCUGCCACACCAGAUGACAACGGCGGGGCCCGUGCUGGGCGAGGGCCGGGGCUCUGACGCCUUCUUCGACGCGCUGGACCACGUCAUAGACGUGCAUGGGCACAUCAUUGGCAUGGGCCUGUCGCCCGACAACAGGUACCUGUAUGUGAACAGCCGCGCCUGGCCCAGUGGUGCGGUGGUUGCCGACCCCAUGCAGCCGCCACCCAUCGCGGAGGAGAUUGACCUGCUGGUGUUCGACCUCAAGACCAUGCGGGAGGUGAGGCGGGCUCUGCGUGCGCACCGCGCCUACACGCCCAACGACGAGUGCUUUUUCAUCUUCCUGGACGUCAGCAGGGACUUCGUGGCCAGGUGCAGGGCGCAGCGUGGUGCAGGGCGGGCGUGGGCGCAGCAGGCGGGCGACCGGCUCAUCCAGGCGCUGUUCUGCAGCGGGGCCGAGGACCGGCACGGCUACAUCUGGGACCGCCACUACAACAUCUGCCUGGCCAAGCUGCGGCACGAGGACGUGGUCAACUCAGUGGCCUUCAGUCCCCAGGAGCAGGAGCUGCUGCUCACGGCCAGCGAUGAUGCCACCAUCAAAGCCUGGCGCUCCCCACGCACCGUGCGCAUCUUCCAGGCACAUCGUCCGCGGCCUCGCGCCUUCUUUUCCUGGCUUGCCAGCCAGAGGCGCUGAGGGGUACUGGGUGCACUGGAGCCGCUGGGACCCCUCGACACCACCCAGGCUCUGUGGUUCUUUCCCGAGCGGGAGAGGUGGAGACGCUUGUAGCAGUUACGCCUUAGGAAGGGGACAGCCAGGCCCCGCCACGCUCUCACACGCAAACCUGCUCACGCAGCUGUGAUGCUUGGCACAGGGUGGCCGGUGAGGUUGGAACCCAAGGUCCCCUUGGCCUCCUGGCCAGCUUGGGGUGCACAGGAUACUGGGGGUGCCACUCCUCGCUCAUCCCCAGGCUAGGGGUUCACCCGCCCCAGCUGGCCUCAGCCUGGGGCACCCUCGGCUGGUCCUGCAGGGCCCUGGACAGUGGCCCAGCGGUGGCAGGGGCUGCUGGCUCUGGCAGCCUGGCUGUGGUUGCGCGCCCGGGGCUUGGGAGCGGCUGGUCACGCUGCUGUGGGCCCGAGUGUGCUGCAUGUCCACGCACCACCCGUUCAGGGCCCUGAAUAAACAGUUGGCAACAGCA